AUGGUUGAGGAUGUCGACCUGGACGAACCCAAGGCCGGUGAGGUGCUGGUGAAGAUUGGCGCCGCCGGCGUUUGCCGCAGCGACCGGCACUUUAUGCAUGGUGAUGCCAACAUCGCCUUGCCUGCGGUGCUGGGUCACGAGGGAGCGGGCACCGUCGAGAAGGUGGGGCCCGGCGUUACCCUGACCAAGCCCGGCGAUCAGGUAAUUCUGUCCUUUGUUCCGGCAUGUGGCAGGUGCAAGUCCUGCCUGGAAGGCAACUCCAACCUGUGCGAUCUGCACAUGGCCACGGGCCCCUUUAUGCUGGACGGCACUACCCGCCUCCACAAGGGCGGCAAGGAUAUUCACCACAUGGGCAAGGUAGCGUGCUUUGCCGAGUAUGCGGUGGUGCCGGAAACCGGCUGUAUCCCCACGAACUCCGGCAUUUCCAUGGACAAAGCGGCGAUGAUUGGCUGCUGUGUUCCAACGGGCGUUGGUGCGACCAUGUUCAGCGCCAAAGUGCAGCCCGGCAGCACCGUUGCGGUGGUUGGCUGCGGCGGGGUGGGACUCAACGUAAUUAUGGGAGCCAAGCUGCUCAACGCCUCCCAGAUUAUUGCGGUGGACAUCCGCGAGAGCCAGCUUGAAUUCGCGAUGAAGUUUGGGGCUACCCACUCGGUAAACGCCGCAGACCGGGACCCGGUUGCCCAGGUCAAGGAACUGACAGGUGGCCGGGGCGCCGACUAUACUUUCGAGGUUUUCGGUUCCGCAGAAACGGUCAAAGCGUCCUACGAUAUGUGUGCCAAGAGCGGGACAGUUACGGUGGUGGGAAUUGCUCCAAUGGGCGCCGAGGCUUCCAUCAAUGCCGUGGACCUGGUCCGAAACGAGAAGACCCUGCGGGGUACGUACUACGGUUCGGCCCGGGGUCGCACGGAUAUGCCCACCAUGGUUGACCUAUACCUGUCGGGACGGCUGAACCUCGACGACCUGGUGGUCCGUCACUAUUCGCUCGACCAAAUAAAUGAAGCUUACGGGGACAUGGACGAGGGAGAAGUGGGCCGGGGCGCCAUAAUGUUUAACUAA